AUAACACACAGCACAGCUGUCAUGGCCGCCCCCCACUUCCACGGUGAGUUCAGUCCUUAGAUGAUCUCUGUUUCCUCAGCGCUCGUCAGCACCGCGUCUGCGCUCCUCUUCCUCAGAAAACACAUCAUACUUCAAAUAUCAAACGUAUUGCCAUCCGGAUUUGACCAGUUAAACCUCCCAGAGUUCUGAAUUCAAGCCUUGGGAAGCAAGUUCUUCUUUAGCACCAGCCUGCGUGUGACCCCCCCACGCUGUGUUGCUUACGUCAUCUGUCUGUGAUCGGCGCGCAGACGGACCCACGUCACCGGAGACCAGCGUCUCUGCUGCGUCUGGGUCCUGACUGGUUCUGCAGGAUUCGGACCUUCGGUUCUUGGACGGUCGUAGCCGCUCUCCAUGGAUCACGUGACCUUUGAGUCCGACAUGGUCCUGUCAGACGUGCACAUGCACCUGCCCAGCGCCGGGAGCCUCAUGCCGGGUCUGGACUCUGCAGUCUUCAUGUCCAGAUUCAGGAUCCUGCUAGAAAACCACGACAGCGGUGAUCUCAGGAAAACCGUGGAAGAAGAGGAAGAGCGUCCGCAGGAAGACAGACGGGUGGAGGAGGAGCCAAAGUUGGAUGAAGACGGAGACCUGGACCUGACAGACCGACCCCGUAGAGACCCUAAAGGGGACAGUGGGCGGGACCCGGUUUGUCCGGUCAUUCUCAAACAGUCCGACCCAAAGCUGGAGCAGGAGCAGCAGAACACGGAGGCAGAAGACGGUUGUGUUUUUGAAAAUGUCCUAAAGAUCGAGCAUGCCAUGGCGACGCCUUUAGAAGAUGUUGGCAAACAGGUGUGGCGAGGGGCGCUCUUCCUGGCCGAUUUCAUCCUGUCCCGGCCGGACGUGUUCAGAGGGGCAACGGUCCUGGAGCUGGGCUCCGGAACAGGCUUAACCAGCAUCGUCAUGGCAACCACCGCCAGAACCGUUUACUGCACAGAUGUUGGUGACGACAUUCUCCGCUUGUGCAGACGAAAUGUUUCUUUAAAUCAUCGUUUAAUGGAGCCUUCAGGGGGGGAGGUGAGGGUGAGACAGCUCGACUGGCUGCAACAUGGCUUCUGUACAGAGGCUGAAGGGGAGUUCAGCUGGAGUGAAGAGGACGUGGCUGAUCUGUACGAUAACACCUGCUUCAUCAUAGCUGCUGAUGUUUGCUACGACGAUCACCUGACCGAAGGCCUUUUCCGAACUCUGUUCCACCUCUGCAGCCACAUGUCGCACCCCUGCACCAUCUUCAUCUCCAUCGAGAAGAGGCUGAACUUCUCCCUGCGGCACAUGGACGUGUGCUGUGAGGCCUACAGGCAUUUCCUCCGCUGCCUGCAGCGGCUGCAGCAGACGGACGACCGCCGCUGCUGCUUCACCUUUGAAAAGCUCACUUCCAACUUUGCUCAGCUCCUGCUGUAUGAGCGGGUGGAGCAGCUGGAACUGUGGAAGCUGACGUGCACCCCCCCGUCUGAGAAGAAGGAUCCUCACCCCCCUCCACCUCCACCUGCUGCCCCCCCCCUGGAAGCUCUCACGUGUCCCUGCAGACACGCCCCGCCCCAGAGACUUCCUAAGGCGGAGUCUGAGUUCCCUUCCUUCUGCCUAACCACCAAAAAACACUAGUGCGGCUCAAUCUGGUGUCCUGGAGUCUAAAGCAACCCCAACCCUUUUUUGCAGAGACUUCUGGGUAAUUUCUAGGGCCCUGGAUUUUAGAAGUGUAGGUUCAGACGCCUCUACAAAACAGUGAGGAGCGACGGAAUUUAACCAAAGGAAGGAACCGUCGCAGCAGAUCUGAUGUCUGGAUUUUCUCUCAACUGAUUUUUGAUUAUUUCUGGGGAGGGGGGGUCAGAAGUAAUCAAUGUGUGUGCUCACCUGAACAUUCAAAAUGAGUUUAGUCCAUUCUAGCAGUCAGCGAUGGAACAACUGGGCAAUUCAACGACACUUUAGUUUCUGUGUCCAGUUCUUAUUAAUAAAUAAAGGUUAUCCAAACCUGGAA